UAGUUUUGACUUUUUGUUGACGUAGCUGACGUGUUGCCCAAGUUCAUCCCGAAAUUUUUGUGCUCUUAAUUAAGUUUUGAUCGUUUCUUUUUUUCGUAAAAGGAAAUUUACAUUUCUUUUUUAAAAAUUUCAUAAUACAAAUCGAACGUCAUAACAUUGUGAAACUUACACGAGACAAAUUGACAAAUUGGACGGGACUACCACAGUCCAAAGGCAAUCACACGGAGGAAACAUUUUAAAACAUAGCUAGGCCAGGAGGAAAGACAAUAAAAGGACAUAAACAAUGGCUUUGCUGACGAUGAUAGCUCGAGUUAUAGAUGGUCUGCCACUAGUGGGCACCAUGCAGGAUGAUGAACAGACUGGACGCAGUAUUAUGGAAUAUCAAAAUCAAGCCAAAAUGUUGUUUCGCAAAUUGGGCUCACACUCACCCAGCAGAUGUAGCAUAGAAACCGGUCCAUAUUUAUUUCACUACUUAAUAGAGAAUGAUGUUUGCUAUUUGGUAAUGGUGGAUAAAAUGUAUUCGAAGCGUUUGGCGUUCAAUUAUCUGGAGGAUUUGGCACAAGAAUUUCAUGCAAACUAUGGCCGUAAAGUGAAUUCAGUGACAAGACCGUAUGCUUUUAUCGAAUUCGAUGUUUAUAUACAAAAGGCCAAGAAACAAUUGACCGAUCGAAGACGUAAUAUAAAUACAAUUAAUACACAAUUGCAGGAUGUACAGAGGAUAAUGGUUCAAAACAUCGAUGACGUGCUACAACGUGGUACAGUUUUAUCAGAACUUGAUACAAAAACCCAAAAUCUUUCCAUGAUGUCGCAGAAAUAUAAAAAAGAUGCCACCUAUUUAAAUCGUAAAUCAAUGUAUGUGAAAGCUGCUGCCGCUGGCAUAGUUGUUAUAGUAUUUAUUUUAUAUUUUUGGGUUUUGUAAUAGUGAGACAAAACCAAAAAAAAAAAAAAAAAAAACGAAAGUGGAGAUCAUCCUGCAUCAUCCAAGGCAAUAGAUAUCAAAUAUUUGAAAAUCGUAAACUUAUAACACCAAUAUAUAUGUUAUACGCAUAUUUAGAGUGUAAAGAGUAACAACAACAGCAACUGGAAUGUAACGAAUCCCCCGCACUUUAUUAAUUUAUUUCUUAAAACCAGAGCAAAAAAUAUAUUUCUUUGCGGACAACAAAAAAACAACAACUUAUCACAUUUUCCACUACCUUCUAAAAUAUAUGUUUGUAUUGUUUGUUUUCCUUUUUUUAUAUAUAAAAAUCUUUCUUUCUGUGUGUUGGUUAAAAAAAAUUUAUUCUUUUUUUUAUAAAUGAGAAACAAUAAGACAUAAUUUAAAUUAAAUUAAAAUAGGUGAAAUAGUAAUAAAGAUGAGAGAAGUGAAGAAAAAUAUAACGAAA